GGUACACAGAGUGUGGUACUAGGGUACACAUGGUGGUGUUGUGUUUUGAAGUUUUUCUAAUAAAGUAGAAUGCCGAAACGAAAAGAGGUUGUUCCCACAAACGAUGCAAAGUUAAGCAACGACGAGGAUCUGUUCAUAGAUAAGAAAGAAUUAACUGAUGAUGAAAAUGCAAUGGACAGUUCAGAGGAAAGUGAAGAUGGCGAAGGAGAUGAUUCCACAGAUGAAAGUGGUUUGGAAGAAGACGAUUUGGACAACAAGGCUGAUGAGUAUCAAUUUGAUUCUUCAGAUGAAGAAGAUAUUCGUAACACAGUAGGCAAUAUCCCGAUGCAGUGGUAUGAGGACUUAGCUCAUCUGGGCUAUGAUGUGUCUGGAAAAAAGAUUAUUAAACCAAUUAAACAAGAUGAGCUGGAGAAAUUUCUAGAAAAGAUGGACAAUCCCGAUUAUUGGCGAACUGUUUUCGAUGAAAAGACCGAAGAAAAUAUUGUCCUAAAUGAGGAGCAAUUGGACAUUAUUGACAAGAUACAGAAUAAUAGAUUCCCUGGUGCCGUCGAUCCUUAUGAAGAUUAUAUUGAUUUCUUUACCCACGAGAAAAUGAUACAUCCAGUUACUAGGCAACCAGAACACAAGCGAAGUUUCAUCCCAUCUUUAAUAGAAAAAGAGAAAGUUAGUCGAUUAGUCCAUGCUAUCAAAAUGGGUUGGCUAAAACAAAAGAAGAAAACACCUGAAGAUAAGAACCAGUUCUAUGACAUCUGGGAGAAUGAAACGGUUGAAGUGAAUAAAAGAACCAAGGCACACAUCGCCGCACCUCAAGAGAAACUGCCGUCUCACAAUGAGUCAUAUAACCCGCCACCAGAGUAUUUACCAACUGAAGAAGAGGCACUCGCAUGGAAGGAAGCUCAUCCUGAUGACCGGCAAACAGAUUUCCUGCCCCAGAAAUAUGAUUGUCUGCGAAAGGUACCUGGCUAUGAAAACUUCAUGAAGGAGAGAUUUGAACGAUGUCUAGAUUUAUAUUUAUGUCCCAGACAGCGAAGGAUGAGAGUUCAAGUGGAUGCCGAGGACCUUCUUCCUAAGCUUACUAAACCUAGAGACCUUCAACCAUUCCCAACCACACAGGCUUUGAUUUACCUUGGACAUGAUAGCUAUGUGCGAACAAUCAGUGUUGAUCCAUCAGGCCAAUGGCUAGCUUCAGGCUCCGAUGACCAGACUGUGAGGUUGUGGGAGGUGAGCACUGGUCGAUGUAUGCAGGUAAUAAAGAUGUCUGGAGUGGUUGAGUCUAUUGCCUGGUGCCCCAAUCAAUCGAUCAACUUGAUCCUUGUAGCUGUUGGAAGUGAAGUUCAUUUGAUUAAUCCCAACCUGGGCGACAAACUAGUCACCUCAAGUACUGACAAACUCUUGGACUCUUAUGUAAAGCCAGAGGAGCAUAAGACAUCACACCUGGUGGAAUGGACAGCUGCGGAGGAUGAAGCACACAUCAAAGGAUUCAGACUCACACUGAAAGUAUUUAAGGCAGUGAAGCGUGUAUCAUGGCAUGGAAAAGGAGACUACUUUACAACGGUUAUUCCAGAGGGCGGGCACUCAAGCGUACUCAUUCAUCAGCUAUCUAAGCGACGGUCACAGAAUCCAUUCUCCAAGAGUAAAGGUCUCAUACAGGCAGUUGUAUUCCAUCCUUCAAGGCCCUUCCUCUUUGUGGCUAGUCAACGUUAUGUUCGUGUUUACAAUCUGUUGAAGCAAGAACAAACUAAGAAAUUAUUAACCAAUGCCAAGUGGGUCUCAAGUAUGAGCAUACAUCCACAGGGUGACAACAUCAUUAUUGGAAGUUACGAUUGUAAACUUAGUUGGUUCGACCUUGAUCUCUCCACCAAGCCUUACCACACUUUGCGACACCACAAGAGGGCAGUACGCCAGGUUAACUUUCACAAGCGCUACCCUCUGUUUGCAUCAGCAUCUGAUGAUGGUACAGUUAUCGUCUGCCAUGGAAUGGUUUACAAUGAUCUUCUGCAGAAUCCAUUGAUUGUUCCAGUCAAGAUUUUACGAGGACAUGAGGUGACUAACAGUCUAGGUGUACUAGAUUGUCAAUUCCACCCCAAUCAACCGUGGGUGUUUAGCGCUGGUGCUGAUGGUACAAUACGCUUAUUUACCUGAAUGUAUACAAUAAUUGUGUAAUCUUCAAAGAACCAGUUUAAGGAUAUUUUCAGCUUUAUUAUAUUUGAUCAACAACCUGCUUAGAUCUUAGCUGAGAUCAUGGCAGUGGUGGCAACAGGAUUUGCCUGAUGUUGGUGGGGGAAAAUUGUGAUGGAGUUCAAUGUCCUCAAAGGAAAGGCUGAUUUCCCCCGAUAGGAGCAUAAGAGGUCCAGAACCCCUGAGGGGGAGUCUACAGACGAAGCAUCUGGAAACUGGAUAAGAUCGUCUACGAUAAAUUUUGUUUAGGGAGGGGUCUGGUCCCUCCGCUCCUCCCCCUCUAGUGCCACCACCAGAUCAUGUUUUAAAUUAAUUUUGUGAAUUCUCUUUACAGUAUAUUCAAAUCCAGACUUAGUUUUUCUAACCUAGGUAUACAAUUUGUAAAAUCCUAUGAUUCUUGUUUUAAAAUCACAAGUUAAAUUUACACUAUUUUGUCAUGGAGCUGUUGAAUGAUCUGAUGACUAAUGACCAGAAGCAUGAUCAUAAAAAUAUGCUACAUUCUAAAAAUAAAAUGUGUACAUCAGGAAAAAUUGAA